AUGCCUCCCACCAGAACAAUUCCGCCUGCAAAGGCUGUGAAGACAGAGCGAACCCAUGAGGAGAACCAGGAGAGGGCCUACAUCGCCGCAUCUCGCCGCAGUGACCGAAGUCUGGAAGCCAGAGUUGAAUCUGCCCGCAGAGCAUCAGAGAUUCAUAAACGGCGGACAGGUCGCUCACUGAGAGUAACCGAGCAGGAUGUUAUCAAUGAAGAGAUGUACGAGGAAGAAGACGACGAUCUGCCAAUGCAAUAUCGUCGCUUGACAGCGCAUCUCCAGACCGGCUCUGCAGACUUCAACCGACGACUUGCUGCAUACUUGACCAACCAAGUUGCGAUGCGAAGUGCUAUGGAACAGAUGGUCAACACUGGCUAUCCAGCACAGUACGGCAACCCUCAAUACCCGCAGAACGCACCGGGCAUGUUCCAGUCGCCUAUGUUGCCUCCGCAGAUGACGCAGUCGCCCCAGCAGUCGUACCGAGCAUCACCGUACCCAUCGCCACAUCAAGCCAACUUCCGUCAGCUUCACUCCAGAGCAUAUUCGAUCAAUGGCCCUAUCACCACAGCAGGUUCAACAAAUGCACGUCCAGGCAUGACCGAUCGGCGUAUGUCGACACCAGGCAAUGUGCCUCAUCCCAGUCCUGGGUCUAUCAACACGAGUGCUGAGUCGGAUGCGGACUAUAUUCGCCAGACACAGUCUGCUACCAUGCCUUACUCGUACAAUAUGCCAUUCACUACGACUUUGCCACCGGAGUCGCAGCAAAUGCUUGGGCCUGCUCUUGAUCCUAACGAUCCUUUUUCAGCCCAGCUCAUGGCCGGCUCCGAGACAUUCACUAAUGUUGCUGGGUACCCAUGGGCCGACAUGUCGCACGGUGUGAAGGGCAUGCCUGUUCAUCCAUCCGCCUGGCCCGGCAUGUCCGCCACGCUGGCUCCAUCUGCUCUGAUCUCUACACCGACGUCUGCUGCUAGUACUCCUGGUACCUCGGCUGCUACCACAAAAGACUCCAACGCUCCGUCUACAGGCUUGGACUUCCACUUCAGUCAGGAGUCCAAAGGCUUAAACCUGUCUAACAUCGAUGGCUUCAGCAGUGACGCCGUCGACUCCGGACAAGUCACUCCUGGAGAGGGCUUCUGGGAUAACUUUGUACACGACGGCAGCUGGACUGAAGAGGCAUCCGCAUCUAAUUGA